GUCCGAAUUAUCCUCGCCUGCCUCUUCAUGACAUCCCUCACCAUUCCAUAUGUCCGUCGCUUCGUCCUGCCCGCCUUACCAAUCUUCACCUGGCUGAUCACCUUUUAUGCCUGUCAAUUCAUCCCUCUUGACUAUCGCCCCAAACACAUCUUUGUCAACAUCUUACCGACCCUCGAACGCAUCCUUUACGGAGCCAAUCUUUCAGAAAUCAUCUCAAAGCAUACCCACUGGACCUUGGACUUACUUGCCUGGUUGCCCUAUGGUGUCAUCCACUUUGCAUUUCCCUUUGUCUUGUCUCUUCUUCUCUUUGUCUUUGGCCCUCCCAGUUGUCUCAAAGUAUUUGGAAGUGCAUUUGGAUUCAUGAAUCUUGCUGGAGUCCUGACUCAACUCUGUUUUCCUAAUGCGUCACCUUGGUACGAAAACAUCUACGGAUCAUCUCCAGCUGAUUAUUCGAUCAAGGGUGAAGCAGGAGGCCUGUCCCGUAUCGAUGAUAUCCUUGGGCUCCAGUUGUACGGCUCAACCUUUGGAAAUUCACCUCUUGUGUUUGGUGCCUUUCCUUCGUUGCAUUCUGGCUGCGCUACUAUCGAGAUGCUUUUCUUGUUCUAUCUCUGCCCUAAGCUGUGGCCUGUCUGCAUUGCCUACACCAUGUGGAUGUGGUGGGCUACGAUGUACCUGACUCAUCACUACAUGAUCGAUCUCGUGGGUGGUUCAAUUUACGCCUUAAUCGCGUUCUGUAUUGCC